AAUCCCGUUAAUAUUACUUCGAAACAACAUACUUAUUUUAUCUGCAUGGAAAGAUUUUUUUAUCGUAAAUAAAACUUUUAUGAUGGUGAUCUCAGUGGUGGAAUAUAAGGCAUUUACUCAAGUAACGUACACAUGAGAGUCACGAUGACCACUGGCCUAUCGGAAUUUCGGCUCCAGUCGUUAACUGUGAAGGCAGCAGCUCAGUCUUUGCUUUGGUUGGCUGACAGGCUCGCCACUCACCGGCUUCAGCCCGCCCAGCAGCAUUAGAGCGGCAUGGCAACGGCAAAGGGGGGGAGAAGGUGUGGUGAGGGGCGACAGUCUAACCGGACCAGAGAGAGUGCAGCAGCAGUAGCACUAUUUCCACCCCUCACUGACUGAAGACACGCACCGUGUGGCACCUCGGCCAGUCAGCGCUCACACACUGAUAAAAGGAUGCACCACCGCCGCCGCUCUGCACAGUCGCUGCCGCUGACCAGGUGUUGGACUAAACAACAGGGACGUCGUUAACGUGACAAAAGAUAAAACUUGUAUGUAUGUGCUGCGCGCCCUUCUCCCUGGUCCCGUACACAGACGAUCGAGAAGAUGCUGAGCCGACUGAUGAGCAGCAGCAUCAGGAGUCUGGACAGGGAAUGCAACUGCACUGUGAGGCUGCUGGACGAUUCGGAGUACACCUGCACUAUUCAGCGGGAUGCCAAGGGACAGUACCUGUUCGACCUCAUCUGCCACCAUCUCAACCUGCUGGAGAAAGACUACUUUGGCAUUAGAUAUGUUGACCCAGACAAGCAGAGGCAUUGGUUGGAGUUUACAAAGUCAAUUGCCAAACAAAUUAAAUCCCAGCCUCCAUUCACCAUGUGUUUGCGUGUCAAGUUUUACCCACCUGACCCCGCCGCCCUGAAAGAGGAAAUCACCAGAUAUCUCGUCUUCCUGCAGGUGAAGAGGGAUCUCUAUCAUGGCCGCCUCCUGUGCAAGACAUCCGAUGCUGCUCUGUUGGCCGCCUACAUAUUACAAGCUGAAAUUGGCGACCACGACCCCGGGAAACACCCAGAGGGUUACAGCUCCAAAUUCCAGUUCUUCCCCAAGCACUCAGAGAAGUUGGAGCGGCGGAUUGCUGACAUCCACAAGACUGAACUGAUAGGUCAGAUUCCUGAAGCGUCAGAGCUCAACUUCCUCCAGAAGGCUCAGAUGCUGGAGACGUAUGGAGUGGACCCUCAUCCAUGCAAGGAUGUGUCCGGCAACCCAGCUUUUCUGGCUUUUACUCCUUUUGGAUUCACUGUGCUGCAAGGAAACAGGAGGGUUCAUUUCCUCAAAUGGGAGGAGGUGACCAAACUCAAGUUUGAAGCAAAGACAUUCCACGUUUAUGCAAAUCAGAUGGAGGAUAAGAAGAUCAUACUGACAUACUUUGCACCUACACCUGAGGCCUGUAAGCAUCUGUGGAAGUGUGGUGUGGAGAAUCAGGCCUUCUACAAGUUGGAAAAGUCGAGUCAAGUCCGCACUGUGUCCAGUAGUAAUCUCUUCUUCAAGGGUAGUCGCUUUAGAUACAGUGGAAAGGUUGCAAAAGAGGUGAUGGAACAAAGUGCCAAAAUUAAGAGAGACCCUCCCGAGAUACACAGGGCUGGCAUGGUGCCAAGUAGGAGCUGUCCAUCCAUCACCCACGGCCCUCGUUUGACCAGUGUGCCCAGGACCCGGCGGAGAGCUGUGCACAUCUCCAUCAUGGAGGGUCUGGAGUCCCUUCGAGACAGCGCCCACUCCACGCCUGUGCGCUCCGUCUCCCAUGGCGAUUCCUUCAUGUCUUCUCGGCCGCGUAUGGUGGACGGCAGCGAGGCGAGCACGUCGGCGGUCAUCUCCGACGAGGCCUACAGCCCCUCAGACAGCAUGCUGCCUACACCUGUGGCCGAACACGGGAUGGAGAUGCCUUUGGCUCGUCACCUCAACGGUUCUUCCCGCAGCUUAGACGAGAAGGAGUCAGAGGCAGGCGCGUCGAAGGAGGGUCACGCCGCAGAGUUUUCCUCCGGCAGGAGAGCACUGCGUAUGGUCAGGAGCGGGCCGGCACCACCGAGCGACGUACAGGAGCUGAACAAGUUCAUCCUGAGCGUGUUGCGUCUGUUCCUGGUGACCAUCGGUCUGCUGUUCGUCCUGCUGCUGCUGCUCAUCAUGCUGACAGAGUCAGACCUGGACAUUGCCUUCCUGAGAGACAUUCGCAAGACACCUGAAUUCCAGCAGUUCCACUUUGAAUACUUCUGCCCUCUGCGGCGCUGGUUCGCCUGUAAGUUACGAUGGAUGGGAGGUUUCCUCAUCAGCAAGUGAAGCAGAGACUGAAAGACACAAUACGGUCCUCCGCUCGUGGAGACGGGACACAUACAGACAGGUGAGGAGAGAGUGGGAGGAGGGGAAAGGAAAAGGACGGCAGCCCUAAUCCCAAUAUCAACUCCGCUUCUCCCAGGAAGGAGUUCCUGUCACAAGCCAAGGACUGUCCCCUGAAGAGCCUUGUUUAUUAUAUUCGACCAUCACUGCGAGGAGCGGAAAUCACAUUUUACUUUGGAAAUUCAGGUCAUUUCAAGGUAUUUUAUUUUUACACAAAGCCACAGUAACAGGGUUUAAUUUUAAACACUGGAAAAGGACAAGCAAGUCUGACAGACUUCACUCAUUCAACCACGGAUAAUAGUUGCCUUUAUUUUUGUAUUAAUUUAUAUCUUGCAACAUUAUUGUAAGACAGAAUGACCUAACGUGUUGGGGUGUGUGUUGUGUAUCCUGCGUACAGUGUGUAGAGAAGAGAUGGGAGCCAGUCGAGCUCAUCUCAUUUUCAUAUUUUAAAGCCAACAACAACAUUCAUGAUGAUACAAGUUAUUAUGUUCACUGCUAUAUUAAAAGCUGCUGUUUUGAGUUGUAUCUGGAGGUUAGAGAAAGUGAGAAAUGGAAGACUAAGCUGCACUUACUGAAUGUAGAUCAGUCCUGAGUCAAAUAAUAUUUGCAAAUAUUAUAAUUUGUUUUAGCCAUAUGUGGAAAUUUGCGGGACAUAAUAGGAAAAUAAAUGAGGAAUUACUUGCAGUAGCUAUUUGACCCAGGACUGAUGUCGGUGCUGCUCUGAUAGAUGAAUUGAAUGAUAUUUAUUUUGUGGUCAGACGUCCAUUAACGGUGUGAUCACAUGACCAUUUCUGUCCAGCCACUGGAACACCAAUAACGUUUUAUCGUCCAACGACUAUAAGUAACAGAUAAACUUUAAGGAUAUACGUAAGUAAUGGAAGGUUUACCGAUUUUAUAAAAUAGCAGCCAAAUAAUUCUAAUAGCUACAAUCAACUUUGUGUGUGUGUGUGUGUGUGUGUGUGUGUGUGUGUGUGUGUGUGUGUGUGUGUGUGAGGAACAGCUGCCGUAGUUACUUUUACAGUAGUUGUAACGGUGAUGGGAUAGCGCUGUAGUGAUAGUGAAGUGUUUGGUUAGUUACUCCCUCACUCUGUAGAAGGAGUUUAUCUUGAUGUGCAAUACUGUUAAUAUAAAAAUAAGAGAACAAGAUCCUUUACAUUAAGGGACAUUUGACAUUGUUUCAUGUUUGUAAAGUGCAAGAAUUAGUGCUUUCCCCCCCUCCCCCCCCACAGUGUACGGUCAAGAGGGCUCGUGUCCACGUGGAGUGAGGGUCAUCAUGUUGUUUUGCUGUGUUCAUCUGUAAAGCCUGAAUACAUUUAAAUCACGUUUCCAUUUUUUGUACAAACUGAUGUCUCGUUUAACACGCGGAUAUUUUCUCACGGUGACUUUUAAUUGACCUGAAGCAUUAUUUUUUACAACGGAUGUAUAGUUUUCAGCCCUGCUUACAACAGAGCGUAAGAUAAGUUGUGUUUACUGCACUCUCCAUCAUCGCACCUACCAAAGAAACCUCUGUUGUCUGAUAUUUGUCCGUUUUGCAUCAACAGAUGGAAACUCUGAUAGUCUGCUCUUCUUCUCCAGCCUUAUUACGUACGUGUUAUUUCACAGGUUAGCCUGCAGUGUGUCUUUACAGCCCACAGCAAUAGACAGCAUCAUUUAAAAUCCAUACAGUUAGUUAACUAUUGGUCCUUUCAACAAGCCUACGAGUGGUUGAUUAGGAUGUGUGUAGGUGUACAUGCCGUGUGUCAGUGGUGAUUAUUACUAGCAGGUUUAACUAAAAGAAAAUGUUUUAUUUAUGCAACAAGAGGAAUGGUUUAGGAUACUGAGGGGUUUAGGAUGUUCAGACUCCAGGCAGUUUGGAAAGUUACCGUAUUAAUAUUCACAAAAAAAAAGAAAAUCGACAGGUUGAAAGUUAACACAAAAUCCCUGUAGUGUUAAACACAUGGCUUUAAAUGUUGGGGUUUGUUUCUGUACAGUACAUGACAUACAAUUAGGGAAAAGUAGGUGAAUAAGUAUUAACAGUUUUGUGUUUUGGAUGAGUUAGGCAGACAUAUUGACGGACACAUUUAUGUUUCAUAGCCCUCACGUUGUAACUUGUGUGUUUGCUUUAACUCAGACGGUGCUCGCCGGUUGUUUGUGUUAAGGUGAAAGGUCAGACGAGGGCGGAACAUGUAUUUUUACUUCCUUUUUAAAAGUCUCAUUUUAUGUUCACGUGUACGGAAAACUUAACAUAAAUUGAGCAAUAAAUAUAACAGAUAGUGUAAUGAAUAUUAAUAACCAUAAACUGCAAACGUAUACUGCUAGUCAUUGAAAAUGUCUUUUGAAACCCCUCAGAAGGUGAACAGCCUGUAGAUGCAUGUGUGACGGGAACCACGUUCUCAUGUGAAUCCUGUUUGGAUUGUUGCCUAAUCGCUGCUCUUCCUUCACUCAUUUUAGAGAAACAAGAGUAGAUGCAAGUGUUCUUGUGAAAGUUUGAGGAUCUGAACUGCACACCGGACAGAAGACACAUUUUUACUCGACUCUGAGCCGGUUUUACCGGAAUGGAAAUGGAGCGGUUUGUAUUUUUAGCCGAUUUAAAAACAGCAGAAGUAGCGUAGUCAACUACCUGAAUAUUUCUUUUUGCAAUGCAGUUUAAUAUAUAGAUUUUUUUAUUUCAUUUGUAUUGCUUAAAUCUGUUUAAAAAUCACUUGAAGUGACAAAGGGGGACGACGGUUCCAUUGACUGGCAACUCUUGUGUUCAUUUUACUGACUCAUGUAAACAGGAAUAAGGUUUUACUGUACGCUUCCUUCCUGUACCAUGUUCCUGCACAUGGAAAUGUCUCUGUAAGCAUGUAUUCUGCAUUUAUUACCUCCAAACAAGCUCAUUUCCAAUCACUGGUUUAAUUUAUUUAUGAAUAAACAUCUAUUCUUGACAUCUGGCA